CUCCAUCCAUGCCUGAAUAUGAGACAGAGUCUCCUCUCAAUGAGACGGACACGACAAUCACCGUCCUCCUAAAACCUGCCCAAUCACGAGGGGCUCCUGUCAGUGCUUAUCAAGUGGUGGUUCAAGAGGAACGAAAGCAGAAAGUUCGCCGAGCCACUGAUGUGCUGGAGUGUUUCUCCAUUCCUGUUAGCUUCAGAAAUGCCUCUAUCUUGAAUUCACCUCACUAUUUCGCGGCUGAACUCCCCCCUGUGAGCCUUGCUGUAGUACAGCCCUUUACUAUAGGAGACAACAAGACUUAUAAUGGCUACUGGAACGCACCAUUGUCACCAGCCAAAAGCUACAGCAUUUACUUUCAGGCCUUGAGCAAAGCCAAUGGGGAAACCAAAAUCAACUGUGUGCGACUGGCUUCCAAAGGUAGGGGACAAAAUACCACGCCCUACAUACUUGUCAUUCCCAGUGAAGGUGCAUCUACCCAGAAUUCCAAUGACAUAGAGCCUGAAAAACAGGUGGACAGCACUGUAAAGAUGGCAGGCGUCAUUGCGGGAAUCCUCAUGUUUGUCAUCAUUCUCCUGGGCGUUCUUCUCACCUUCAAACGCAGAGAAAUCCACACCUGGAGAACUCUAAGUGUGGGAAGAAAUGCAUAUUCCUACUCUUAUUACCUGAAACUAGCUAAAAAACAGAAGGAAACGGCCAACAGCAGCACGCAGAGAGAGAUGGGCCUGUAG